AUGACUACUGCACCGCAGAUGGGGCAAAGUUUCCCUCCAGCUACUGGCCUCCUGAUUGCGUUGAAGGCAGGAUGCCAGCAGAAGCCGGCCCUCGGAAGCGUCAUCGCUCUGACGGGGCAAAUCUUCUCUGAUACCCCCGUCAACAUCACCGACCAGUCGACAAACACGACGAUGCCAGGAGAUGGUGGCGCCUCCGCCACCACGAUGACCAUGGGCACGAUCGUCGGCAUCGCGGUUGGCGGCGGCCUCGUCUUCAUCGGGGCCAUCUGCCUCUUCAUCGUCUACUGCCGCAAACAACGAAAAAUCCGUGACGAAGCGGACCGCGAUCGCGACGACCUACCGCCGCGGGCAGGCAGCAACGCGAGCUCCCACACAGCCAUCAACCCGUACCUGCCCAUCGCCGACCACAAGAAGUCGUCCUCUAUCAACUCGUUCAACUACGAGCUCCAGGAGAAGCACAUGGCCAACGCCGACUACUACGAGGAAGACAGCCGCAUAGGACGGAGCAACGCCAGCUACAACUUUGACCCGCACAUGGCACAUCGCAAUGCCGGCAGCGCCCUCCCGACGCACCCGGCGUACAUCCCGCGCGCCAUGAGCCGGCAGACGCAGCACUCGGUGACGCCGCCGAACCAGAACUAUCCUCCCCCUCCCAUGGACUCGGGUGUUAUACCCAUCUUCCCGCCGACGGUCGCUUCGCGGUCUUCGUCGCCUGCGCCGUCACGGUGGCACAGUGGCCUGGCGAGCCAACGAACCAGCCCGCUUCUCCCCCCGCCACCAGCUGGACCGCCUCCGCGGACCACGAUGGUCCCCUCAAUUUCCAUGCCAACGAUGCCUCGGCUACGUAUUCCAAAGAAGUACGCGCCACCUCAGAUCAUCGUCUCUGGUGCGUCACCCAUCGACGGCAUGAACCACACGGCUGGGAUGAGCAUAUCCGAACCGCUGAGCCUGCGAGAGUCCAGAUUCCAGGACAGGCCUCUGGCUGGGGGUCCUGUAACAACUAAUGUUGCUCCUGUGAGAGAUAUUGACCCGGCUGAUUGGGAAAGGGAUAUACCCAUCGGCAGUGGGAAGAGCACCCUUUACGGAUAA